UAAAACCACGCUAAAACAUCCUUAAACCACAGACAACAAACAACUUUAAAAUACAAACUUAACAACUAACUUGAUUUUAAUUCCAGGUCAGCGGAGAGCACUAAAAGGCGGUAAAACAUGGCGGAAGCACGACGCGUUUCAUUAUCUCUUCAAAUAUUCCUAAUUUUUGUAUCUUUUAGCCGGGUUUUUAGUGAAAGCAUAAGCCUUGGAGGCAGAUGGACAGCUAAUAAUGCCAAUAAGAGUGUUUCUUUGUAUGGUAAUGUCCCAGGGUCGGUUCAUAUGGCUUUGUUUGAGAACGGUACCAUUGAAGACCCUUACUUCCGGUUUAAUGACGUCAAAUAUCGAUGGAUUGCCUACGAUAACUGGACUUAUACUAGGACAUUUGAAGUUAACAAGAGUAUCAUUUCACGAAGUAAAAUCAUCCUUGUAUGCGAUGGCUUAGAUACAGUGUCAACAGUUUCCAUAAAUGACCAAGUUGUCGGCCAUUCUGACAACAUGUUUUUGAGAUACAUAUUUGACGUCAAGAAUGCUAUCAAAGCAGGAACAAACACCAUUCAAGUCAGAUUUACGUCAGCUAUUCAGUAUGCUAAAAGAAAGAGUCAAGAAUAUGGAUAUGAUGUGCCGCCAAAYUGUUCUGUUCCUGUUCAGCGUGGAGAAUGCCACAGAAAUUUUAUCAGAAAAGAGCAAAGUUCAUUCAGUUGGGACUGGGGACCAGCAUUUGCACCUCAAGGAAUAUGGAAAAACAUCAGUGUACAAGCCUAUGACACUGCAGUUAUAAGGAAUGUCAAGGUAUCGACACAGAGGAAAGGCUCAGAUCCUAGCAGUCCUUGGGAACUAGACUUGACAGUGACACUUGAUGCAGCUCAACAAAACGUCAAGGGAAACAUUUUUGUCAGUAUUCCAGAAAUCCCCUUCACAAAAACACUUAAAGUUGAUCUAAAAGAUGCUGGAAAUCAAAACAUCCAUGUUGGAAGAUUUGAAUUUUCAACAGCUCAAGUGAAGACCUGGUGGCCAAGAGGAUAUGGAGACCAGGCUUUGUAUACUACGAAGUUUGUUUUUGAGGGAGAGGACUCUGAUGGCUCUCAGGAACAUUCAUCGUUCACAACCAAAACUGGUUUCAGAGAAGUCAGGCUUGUUCAACCACUGAUCAAAGGAGCUCAAGGUCUUGGAUUCCACUUCGAAAUCAACAGACUUCCCAUCUUUUUGAAAGGAGCAAACUGGAUUCCAGCAGAUUCAUUUGAGGAUCGCGUCAAUGCAUCUGUUUUAAGAAAUUUACUGCAAUCUGCGGCAGAUGCGAAUAUGAAUGUUAUCAGGAACUGGGGUGGAGGGAUUUAUCAGCAUGAUGUGUUUUACUCGAUUGCUGAUGAGCUUGGGUUACUGGUUUGGGAAGAGUUCAUGUUCGCGUGUUCUAUGUACCCCACAAAUAAGGAAUUCCUGUUGAACGUCAAGGAGGAGGUGGUAUUUCAGAUUGAGAGGUUGAAUCACCAUCCUUCAAUCUUCGUGUGGAGCGGUAACAACGAGAACGAGAUCGCCCUGGCCGAGAACUGGUAUCAAACUAAUCCGAACAAAAGCCUGUACGUGGAGGACUACAUUAAGUUGUACGUUGAGACCAUUCGCACAACAGUCCAAGCAGAGGACAAGACUCGUCCUUUUAUUGUUUCCUCGCCUUCAAAUGGACUAGAAACCAAGAAAGAAGGCUGGGUAUCUAAGUUACCCAAUAGCCCUGAUUGGGGCGAUGUACAUUUCUAUAAGUACUACAUGGACUGUUGGAAUGUCAGUGGUCACCCAAAUCCUCGGUUCGCCUCGGAAUAUGGUUUCCAGUCCUAUCCUUCUUUCGAGACUCUCUCGGCUGUUUCUACCGAGGAAGAUUGGGAAUAUAACAGUCCUUUCAUGCUGCAUAGACAACAUCAUGCAAAUGGAAACAAAGAGAUGAUGGACCAGAUUAAACGACACUUCAAGAUACCUUCAUUCUCCAACAAAACUAAAGAAUUUAUGAAUACUUUGUUUCUUACACAGGUUGCUCAAGCAAUGUGUAUAAAAGCAGAAUCUGAGCACUACAGACGAUUACAAAGCCAACUUAUCAAGGGUCAAGGAAGAACCAUGGGAGCAAUUUACUGGCAACUUAACAGCAUUUGGCAAUCACCCUCCUGGUCGUCUUUGGAGUACGGAGGAAAAUGGAAGGUUCUACACUAUUUUGCUAAAGACUUUUUCAGUCCAGUAAUAUCUUCUGUUUACGAACAAAACCAGUCACUACGUUUCUUUGUCGUAUCCGACCUUCAAAAACCCAUAGAAAAUGGUGUCUUGACAAUCUCAGUGCAAAAGUGGAGUUCCUUUAAGAUUGUUCAUCAAAGAAAAAAAAAUUUUUCAGUUAAACCACAGAAUUCGUUGUUGGUAUUAUCUACGCCAGUUACAACGAUGUUGAAGGAGAGCUCGUGUCCAAGUCGAGAGGAAUGCUUCUUAACCUUGACACUGGAAGACGAAAGCACGCAUAAAACGUUGGGGCCAAUUAAUAUAUUUUAUCUUGCAAGUCUAUCAAAAGCAAUUGGGUUACAAAAUCCAAAACUCAAGGUAACGAAUGUAAAACAAGCUUCAAAGAGUGAGAUAGUUUUCGACGUCUUUGCCAAGUUUCCAACACCUUUUGUAUGGCUUUCUUCAGGAGCACUUAAAGGCCGAUUCUCGGAAAAUGGGUUUUUGCAAACAAGGAACGCGAAAACUGUUGUAUUUUAUCCCUGGGAAGAAGCAACAAUAAAGUUAUUCAAAGAUUCUAUCAAAGUUACAUCACUUUACGAUACUUCCUUAUACUGAAGACAUCACAUUGGUACCGCGACGGGAUAGUCAAAAAAAAUAAAAAGAACUAAAAGGCAUCUCCUCUCGUUCAGUGCAUGUGUUUCAUGAAGCCUUGAAUACUACCUUCACAAGAAUUAAAAAGACUUUUAAAGCAGAAAAAGGAGUCAAUAUUUUUAGAAUUUUAAAUGAAAGACAAGAAACAAAACAAUGAAAUGUUGUCUCCAAGCUGCAAACUAGCCACAUUCCCUAUAGCAUUUUUAAAAAUCCGGCCAUUUCAGCGUUUCAGUAAUCCCCUCAAAAAUAUAAUUAUAAAUAAAUAAUAAUAAGCAAUUUAUUACGGUGACACGGAUAUGUCCUCUUAUCGAGAAGAGUAAUGUACAAACUGUAAUAGGAACAUUUGAUAAAAUAAAGUAAGGAAUGAUUACA